AGGACUGAUCAAUGGGCUGCUGCUGCCCGGGCGUGCUGGGCCCGGCCGCCGCCAUGUCGGGCCCGUUCGAGCUCUCGGUGCAGGAUCUCAACGACCUGCUCUCGGACGGCAGCGGCUGCUACAGCCUGCCGAGCCAGCCUUGCAACGAGGUCACCCCCAGGAUCUACGUGGGCAACGCGUCGGUGGCUCAAGACAUCCCCAAGCUGCAGAAACUAGGCAUCACCCAUGUUCUGAACGCUGCUGAGGGCAGGUCCUUCAUGCACGUCAACACCAACGCCAACUUCUACAAGGACUCCGGCAUCACCUACCUGGGCAUCAAAGCCAAUGACACGCAGGAGUUCAACCUCAGCGCCUACUUUGAAAGGGCUGCAGACUUCAUUGACCAGGCCUUGGCUCAAAAGAACGGCCGGGUGCUUGUCCACUGCCGGGAAGGUUACAGCCGCUCCCCAACCCUAGUCAUCGCGUACCUCAUGUUGCGCCAGAAAAUGGAUGUCAAGUCUGCGCUGAGCGUCGUGAGGCAGAACCGUGAGAUCGGCCCCAACGAUGGUUUCCUGGCUCAGCUCUGCCAGCUCAAUGACAGACUGGUCAAGGAGGGGAAAUUGAAACUCUAGGGCACUCCCGCCGCCUCUUCUCUAGAGGCAGACAGGGGAGCCCCCGGUUGAGGUGUCCCAAGCCACCAUGUUUAGGAAACACAGUGCACCCUGCUCCUAGCAUCACCAGGCACUCGCCCACAAGUCUGUCCCAACACAGCCCUGGGCCACUUUCCCCCUGGGGAGCAUAUAAAGAAGCUUGCUAAGGAGGGCGUUCUUGCUCCCUGGUGUGUGUCCUGUGCCUGCAGUUUAUGAUGUCCCCUCCCUGAGGUGGGGGCGCAGAGGGGGAAGGCGUGUGGCAUGUGUCCUUCUCCCCGAUGACCAAAGGCAGGAGGUCCCUGCAAGUGUAAGGCUCGAGAUGCCCACAGGGGUCCCUCCUGACCUCCGUUGCCCCCCGCCUCCCUCCCCCCUGCUCCCUACCAUCCACCCCCGGGGCCUCUCCUGAGCGGGGACCCCCGCACCUCGAGCCCUGUAAGGGAACUAUGCAAACGCAGGCUCCUCUCCCUCCACCAUGCCUGUCUCCCCCUGCUCCUCCUAGCUGUCCGCACCUUGGUCAGAGGCAGAGGCCCAUCGUGAGGUCUGAACUGGCCUGGAGAAGCCAUCAGUUGUUAGCGGGUGGAAAUUCCCAUGAAGAGACUGCAUUGUAAUUAUUUCCUUAGGAUUAAAGAUACCUAAACGAAGAGGCCCUCGGAGGGGCAAACAGAUUCCCCCUGGAGGACUCCCCUAAGUCAAUAGUUUUUAAGAUGCGAAUCGUUGGAAGGCUUGCGUUCAGAAUCCCCUGCUUUGAAAUGUUCCCCUUGGACUGCUCUCAGGUCGCUUGGUCUGUUAGAAGCGCGAUGCCUUGGGCAUGGUUUUAUUUUAUUUUUAUUUUUAUUUUUAUUUUUAUUUUUAUUUUUUUUAUUUUUAUUUUUUUAGAAAACAGAGUGUUGAAGUUCCAGCCUAUUUAAAAACCCCACCAUUUGAAGAAUUACAAAGGGUUUGUCCUGAAUGACCGUGUUGGCCAGCGCCAGCCUCUCGUGCUAACUGCUUUCUUGUCUCGGUUGCUAUUCCAAGGACGGGAGGAAGUUGGCCAAUUACAGUGUGGGUGUGUGGGUGUGUCGGGGGGUGUGUGUCUCAGAAACACAGGCAGAGGAUGGACGAGUGGCUCCUCACCGUGCCCGCUUGUAGGUAGUUCUUAACGGCUCUGUGAUGCCAGGAGCGAGCCUGGGGCCCCGGGAGCAAAAAUGACUCAGCCAGGCAGAAAUGAAACACGGCGGCGCGUCCAAAUGGAGCCUUCACUGCUGGUAGAGCAAACCACAAACAGGAACAGCCUUUUUUAGGACUUUGUAAGGAUGAUGUCGGAACGCACUAGCACACGCGUGCACACGCUUGUCAGAAUAUAGGAGUUUUGUUUCGAACACGGUCUUGUUAGGACUUUCCAUGACCGUCACCGUGUUUCGAACACGGUCUUGUUAGGACUUUCCAUGACCGUCACCGUGGAAAGUGAGGCGUUCCUGUCUCUCCAGGUUCCCUGCCAGCAGAGAGGUGGCCCUCAGCCACACCCCCAGGUCCUAGCACGUAGAGGUCUAUAAAAGUUGGUGGAAUUAAACUUGUUUUUUUUUUUUUUUUUGAGCACCAGACGUGUGCAGGGUGUUGUUCUGGUGGGUGUAUCAAGCUCCCAGAAGGCCUGAAGGGAAAAAUCCAGGACUUUUGUUGAGUAGUUAAAAAUUCCGUUUUAAAUUUGAAUUCUGGCAGCAUUGACCUGUCGAGGCGGGGAAUGCGCCUUUUUCAAGAGUUGACCGGGAACGUCCGGAACGUCCGGCCAGACAAGGAGAAGCAGGGUGCCGCAGGGCCUCAUGGGUGUCGUGACCUCUGUUGCUGCAUGGUCCCUUUUCUCUGUGACCACAGUCACCCUGGACAAACUAGGGUCUGUCGUUUUUUCCAGAUACCGGACUGCCCACGUAGACCCACCUAAGUGAAACGGCCAUCCUCUCUAACCUGUGUACCUCACCUCACGGUUUCCAGAGCACUGUCCCACGUAAUCUAACUUGAUCCUUUCAGUAACCCGAUCAAGUUGGUAGAGCUUCUUCAUGUAUGGUUACCUUUUUUAAGAAAAAGGAGCUGGGGUUCACACUGGGGGAGGGCAUGGCCCCCAGGCUGUCCCGGCCUCUUAAGGCAGAGCCAAGGCAAGACUUGGACGUUUGCUGCUCCCUGAAGCUGAAUUCUUUGUCUCCUGCUACCCUCCUCCCCCAAGACAGGAGCUCCCUGGGAGUGCCCAGGUGCCCUGACCAUGCCCUUGACCCAGCCUGUGUGCACAAGAGCCAGUCGGUGCUCUGGAUGGAGCACGGUGGUUCAAGCUGUACUGCCCAGGGGGGUCUGCACGCGGGCGGGAGGGAGUCGGUACAAACCCAUCCCUGCUCCAGGAAACGGAAGUAAAACGUGGGUCCCCGAUUCGGUUAGAAUGUGUGGCUCUUCCUCCAGGAAACAUGUAGCACCCCUAAGUUGGAGCUUUCUGCUCUGCUUCCAGAAGAGGCUCUGGGGCUGGGGGGCCAGGGUUCCCCCUCCCACACUUAGGCAGUGGUCACCCCACAGGACGGCCACAGCUACUUAGGCUAGUUAACCAGACCUCUCGAAGGCCUUUUUGUGGGGGCAUGAGGGAGAAAAGGCCAUUGAGAAAAUUACUGCCUUUACUCUGGGGCUACUUUUAUGCUGAUAAUUUGGGAUUUCUUGGUAGUCUUUAGUCCCAGAAACCCCGUAUUUACUUCAUGAGAUUUAGCUCCUAAUUUUUGAGUAAAAUAAAACUCUUAUUUGUGUAAGAGCCAGCAUAUGCCCAGCUGUGAGUGGAAGCUGUUUCUGGACAGCUCUCUACCCCUGGGAAAUGGUGGAAUAGGAACUCAGGGUGCCCUUACCCCCUCCCCUGACCUGAUCCCUUCUUUGACUAGCAGACCCUCACAUAGGUCGAAUUAGAGCACCAAAUGGCUUUCUUCUCAAAUCUAAAGCAGUACGCUUUCCACAGGCUGGUCUGUUUCCCUGCCACUCUGAGUUAUCUGGAGAGCAGAAACCACCCAUCUGUCAAAGAAGGGGGCCCAUCUAGAAGACCUCUAAGGUCCCUUUGGCCCUGACACUGUAGGGUUCUCUGAGAACCCCCACCUGGAAUUUACCACCACCUGGAAAUUAUAGGGUAUGUAAUAACAUGACCAGCAGGUGGCACUGUGCUCCACCCAUGGUGAUGGAUGGUUUGAAAAGGAAAGUUGGUGCCUUUUGUGUCACAAGUUAAUGUUAAGAUGCUAAUGUUUUAAUUAAAAUAAGCACUGAUCUUAUAAUAUGAAGAUACGAACUUUCCUCGCAGGAAAUUUUCUGUCGUAAAACCGGUGUCAGGAAUCACCGAAGAGCCAACAAACAGUGUUGGUCUUUCCAAGUCAAGGUUUUAUCCUGAUUGGAAAUAGAAACCCUCUCCGGUUGAGAGAGCAGAUCCGUCGGAAGCUUAACUUACCUCCUGCCAGCUGUUAGGGUGAUUUGAUUGUGAAAGCGUGAAUUUUCUGGGCAGAAAAGGGGAAGGUAUUAAAUCGGUUUUAAAGGAAAGUAAGCUUAACGUCUGUUGUAUCACAAAUCAGUGUUAAAACACUAACUGUAACCAAAAUAAAUGUCUUACAUUACAUAGAAA